AUGGACCACGGCAGGGGCGCUCGCCUCAGGCGAUGGGGCGACAAGCUCGCCGUCGACAACGAGCCGGGCCUGACCACCGCCCAGCUCAUGCUCACCAACCUCGACCUCAAGCCCGUCGAGCCCGAGCGCCGGCAGUGGGGUGCCUGGAACUUCGUGGGCUUCUGGAUCGCAGACUCUUUCAACAUAAACACCUGGAUGAUCUCCAGCUCCAUGGUUGUCGCCGGUCUGUCGUGGUGGCAGUCAUGGCUCUGCGUCUGGAUCGGUUACACCAUCGCUGCGUGCUUUGUCUGUCUCACCGGUAGAAUUGGCGCGGUAUAUCACAUCGGAUUCCCCGUUGUCAACCGUGCCUCGUUUGGCAUCUGGGGUUCCCUCUGGCCCGUUUUCAACAGGGCUGCCAUGGCCUGUAUCUGGUACGGCGUUCAGUCUUGUAUCGGCGGGAGGUGUGUGUAUUUGAUGAUUCGAGCGAUUUGGAAGAGCUGGGACCGGAACACUAUCCCCAACACAUUUCCCGAGGACUCGGGCACUACCACGGCGGACUGGGUCAGCUUCUUCAUCUUUUGGCUGGUUUCUCUCCCGGCCAUCUGGUUCCCAGUGCACAAGAUUCGUCACCUUUUCACGGUAAAGGCUUACUUCGUUCCCUGCGCUGGCAUCGCUUUUCUGAUCUGGGCGAUCGUCCGCGCCGGUGGCAUCGGCCCCAUCGUCCACCAGCCUGCCACAAUCUCUGGGUCAACCCUGGCAUGGGAGUUUGUCACAGGCGUCAUGAGCUCGAUCGCCAACUUCGCGACACUGAUCGUGAACGACCCCGAUUUCUCGAGGUUCGCAACCAAGCCCAGGGACGCGCUCUGGCCGCAGUUGAUCACUAUUCCCAUGGGCUUCGCCGUGACCAGCUUCAUCGGCAUCUUCGUCUCGUCGAGCUCGGCCGUCAUCUACAACACCGAUCCGGUCUGGGACCCCCUGGAGCUGCUGGAGCAUUUCAUCGACGACGGCGGUUCGGGGCAGCGGUUCGGCGUGUUCGUCAUCGCCACGGCCUUUGCGCUGGCUCAGCUGGGCACCAACAUUGCAGCGAACUCGGUCAGCGCGGGAACCGACCUGACGGCUCUGUUCCCUCGGUUUUUGAAUAUCCGCCGGGGUGGUUACAUUUGCGCCGCCGUUGGUCUGGCGAUGUGCCCAUACACGCUUCUCACGGACUCGAACAAGUUUACCACGUACUUGUCUGCCUACUCAGUGUUCUUGUCAUCAAUCGCUGGCGUUAUGUGCGCGGACUACUACGUUGUCAGGAAGGGCUAUCUUGAGAUUAAGGAACUCUACGACGCCCGAAAGACCGGCCCGUACUAUUUCACGUACGGCGUCCAUUGGAGGGCUUAUGUGGCGUACAUUGCUGGAAUCCUGAUCAACGUUGUGGGCUUCGCAGGCGCAAUCGGCCGUGACGUCCCCGACGGCGCGAGAUACCUUUACAACGUCAACUUCUUCGGCGGCUUCAUUGUCUCCGGAAUCGUGUACUGGACGCUGAGCAAGGUGUUCCCGAUCCCUGCAUGUAGCGACCACUGGAUGGAAGUUGGCGAUGCAAUCGAUGAUGUACAACUUGCAUAUGAUGGCAGCGAUAUUGAGGAGAGGAAUGAUAAACUUGACGGGGACACGAAGAUGGUUUGA